AUGAAAUCAGCAGAAAACAUCACCAGCCACGAAUAUGCCAACAUCGUCACGAUAGAACGAACAUGUUCUGGAAUUUCUCUCCUAGGUUGUUUCUUCAUAAUCAUAACCUUUCUUACCACCACCGCAUUUCGUAAACCCAUUAAUCGAUUAGUUUUUCUAUGCGUCUCUGGGUUCCUCCCAGCCGAUGCAUAUUGGACAUUGGCCAUGGCAUGUAACGUCAUGUGUGCAUUUUUCUUCCACUUCGAUGUGGUAGAGCUCCGCCAAUUGGAGAAGUGGUACAUACUACUAUGUUAUGGUCUCCCAUUCAUUCCCGCUUUCGUAUUUUUCUUUGUGCAUACAAAGAAUCGCGGCUCUAUGUAUGGAGGUGCUGUAUCAUGGUGCUGGAUCAAGACCAAAUGGGGUUUGUGGAGACUCUGGAGCUUUUACGUACCGGUUUGGAUCACUAUAUUAAUCACAAUCAUAAUCUACACCUUUGCAGGAAAGAAGAUCUUCGACAAGCGACGGGAACUCAUGAGAGCAAAUGAACGCAUAUCACCAGACAACCUACCCAAAGCACGGAGAGAAAAGUCCAGAAGCUCUCAAACCGAACUUCUCCCAACCACCAACUCCGCUGAAGAAUCCUCCUCCGAUAAACCCUCCAGACCGGGAUUACCCCCCGCUCAACCAUCAUAUACAAGUGUGCAUCCCAAUAAACAAGCUAACGCGGCUAUGUGGGCAUAUGCGAAAGUCUCGCUUCUGUUCUUCCUCGCUAUGAUGGUCACGUGGAUUCCAUCAACUGCUAAUCGCAUCUAUUCCAUUUUGUACCCGGGCAUGGUUAAUAUGUCGCUUCAGUAUAUUUCUGUCUUUGUGUUACCGCUGCAGGGAUUUUGGAAUGCGUCGAUUUAUGUUAUUACGAGUAUGGAUGCUUGUAGGGUUCUUUGGAAGAAAUUAGGGGAGCCGGUGGUGAUUUUUAAGGGGGGUGGGGGGUGA